UAGACUAGUGAAUGAUAAUAAAGUGAAGUAAGGGUGAAAAUCGUGAUAAAUAAGUCAAUAAUGAUUAAAAUAAAUGGAACUCUUACUUUUGUGGAUAAAAAUGGUGAAGAUAAGUCGCUAGUUCGAGUAAUUGACAAUUUAACAGAAAUUAACAUCGGUUCUCGUCCAACUAAUGAUAUUCUGAUCAAGUCUGAUGAUGUUGAAGAAUCUCAUUGCAAGAUCUACUAUAAUGAAAUUCAAAAGCUUAUAAUCAAGAAUUAUUCAACAUCUCAUCCGAUUUUGGUGAAUGGUAAAGUUGUUGAUAAAUCCAAAGACCUCAAAAGUGGCGAUGUCAUCACAAUCCUCGAAAAUAGUAUGCGUUGGGAAACAAAAGAUGAUGCUAAAAGACGCAUAUCAUUCUUAUCAAAAGAUGAAAGAAAAGCCAUUAAACGCAAAUAUAUGAAAACUAACAGCCGAAUAACAAUUCACAGUGUUAGUUCACAAAGUAUGAUUAAGUCAAGUCCUGAAGAAGCAUCAGGUAGCAGCUCAGCUGAGAAAUUCAGUACUCCAGAAACCUUGGAAAGAACUCCAGAAGCAGCUGAAGAAAAUAUUUCACCAGUGAAGGAACAACAAGUCGUUUCAAAAUAUAAAGAAAAUGAAAAGACACCAGUCAAAGUCAAUAAAUUAAACAUGUCUGGAACUUUAUUGACAUCGUACACCCCACCAGCUGGAAAAUUGACAAGUAGAGUGUACAAGACUCCAUACAGCACUCCAUUAAGAUCGCCUUUAGUCAAAUCGGCAGCAAAAAGUAUUUUAAAUGAUUCUGUAAAUGUCUCAAAAUUUGACAGUCCAAAAAGUGCUCAGAAACUCAACAACUCACAAAUGCAUUUAAUUGAUCUGACCACACCAUUCGUAAAGCGUACUGAAACUACAUCCACACCAAAAACAUCAUCAAUAAGAAAGACACCAAGGACAAUUGGUAAAACACCUCUUCGAAAUGCUACGUUGCUUAAAUCAGCCAUCAAAAAUUCAUCAAUACAGAAAAAUGUCAUACAAAAUGUCUCAAUCGUAGCUACAAAAGGCAAACAGCUGUUUGACUCACCGGCAAGUAGGAACACACCAAUUAAGGAAGAUACAUCGUCAUUAAUUGAAAUUUCCAUGUCAUCAGUCAGUGAAAAUGACUCAAGUAAAGGAUCAAUUAAUGAAAAUGAAUGUGCAGCACAAAAAGUCGAAGAAAAGAGUGGAAAGACAACAAAGGAUGAAGUCAAGGAUCUUUUAGAAAGCAUUGAUCAAGUUUUAAAGGAAGAAAAUGGAAGUCAAGGAUUAGCAGAACCAGAAGAAGUACUUACUAGCUCACAGGAGCUUGAAGAAGAUUUUAAUAAAAUCGUGGACAGUCAAAAAAUAUCAAUUGGUUCCAUUAAUGAAAGUAUUUUCAAUAAAGCAUUGAAUAAUGUGCCAAUUGAGGAUAUAAAUGAUUUUGAUAAGUUAUUAACAGAUGAAGGCACAAGCAGCAGUACUGAUGAUACUGAGAAGAAAGGAGAAAUUGUUUUAAAGUUCAUUAAAGAGGCACGAGAAUCACUAUCGACGUCUAAUAUGCCCACUCAAAUAAUUUCUUCACGUUAUUCAAACAUUACGAAUGAGUCACUAAGUGAAUGUGUCAAUACCUCACAAAAGUAUGAUGCUACAACUCCGAAAAUAACACUUUUGGAUAUAUCUGAUCGUAAUAAAGACCUAACAAUGAGUCCAGUCAGUCGAUUAAGCUUGACAAAAGAUUCAACUGAAAUUGUCGAGAAUUAUCAGCUAAAUAGCAACAAUUCAGAGUCACUAAGAAGCACCAGGAAGCGCAUGAGAACAGCAAUGUCAUCGAUUGGAAUUUUAAAUUCCUCACAAUCAGCAGACACAUCAUUAAAUGAAAGCCUUACUGCUUUAAUUAGUGAUAAGGAUCAAGUAGAUUUAAAUCAAUCGCAACCGGAAGAAACAAACAUUCUUUCAUUAGAUAAUCAGCCUGAUAUGAAUACAUCAAAUAAAGAAAAUGAGUUUAAUGGAUCUUUAAACAUGUCCAUAAAGUUCCUUGAAUAUUCAGAAUCUAAUGAAAAUAAUCAAGAUUCAAAAAUAAUUUUUGAAUUUUCUAAUGAUGGCGAUGACUUGAUAGAUUCAGACAUUGAGUCAGAGAGCGAAAGUGAAGAUAGUCCAAACGAAGAUAUCCUCGAUGAGCCAAUGGACGAUGAAAUAAUCGAGAAUGAAAACAAUGAAAAUACUGAUUUAGUCGAUUCCAAUAAUGCAAGCAUUAAAAAGUGUCGAAUUAGUAAAGCAGAUUUAGAAUCUCUCGGUGAGGAUGGAAUAGACAUUUUAGAACAGUCAAAGGAUGAAGAUCAGCUUGCUGAAAUGCUCGAAGAUGUUAAUACAGAUAUGCAAGAAGUACAAGAAAGCGAAACAGCUGAAAAUAACGGAAAUGAUGAAUUUGAAGCCCUUAUAGAGACAGCAACAGACAGUAACGGUGUCAAUGACUUUGAUGAGAUUCCAGAAACCAAACAAAUUGAAUUAGAUGAUGAAAUGGCUGAAAAGGAAGUUUUAUUGGAUAAUUCUGAAUAUUUGGAUGACAUUCCAGAGACACAACAGCUUGAUUUUGGCAUAGAAGAGACAAACAGCACAUUUAAUGGCACAAUAGAAGCUCUUGAUUCAACAAAGGAAAGUGAGCCACAAGAAGAUAUACAGCAAGCCACUGAAGAACUACCUAUUGAAAAUAAAGAUGUUUUAGACGAGACAGUUGAGGAUAAGUCGUUAAAUGAAACAAAUGGAAAUAAGCAGCUUAAAGACACAGAAGAGCAGUUAGAUGAAACAGUUGAAAAUAAACAGCUCAAUGAAACAUUUGAGGAUAAGCAGCUUGAUGAGACAAUUGAGGAUUCUUUCAAUGAUCAUGUAGAAAUUCCAGCAACUCAAGCAUUUGAAUUUGAUGAUUCGAUUGAUCAAGAAAAGCUUGAUGGAACAUUUAAUGUUGAUGUAAAGGAAGAAUCAAGCCUAAGAAACUUUGAAUCAAUUGGGUCUGCAUUCACUGUAAAUGAUUCAACAAUAAUAAGCUCACAAGAACCAGUUAACAAGUCUGAUUCAAUUUCUAUUCAAGAAAUCAGUGACUCGAGUGAGAUAUGUUCACAGGAAUCGAUUAUAGCCAAACAAGGAUCAAGUCUUCAUCCAGAAGACAUAAUAUCUGAGAAUGACACCAAUGAAAUUGUAAAUAAAUCUCCUAUGAAAGAAACUUGCUCUAAGGAAACUUUAAAAUCAUUAGAAUCGAAUAUUAGUGAAACAAUUAAUGAAUUAAUUGCAACUCCAACGGACAUUUUAACAAGCAUAGCUGUAGUUCAGCAAUACUCGACUUCUGAAAUUGGUUCUGAUCAUAUGGAAAUUCCAGCAACUCAAGAAAUGAUUUAUGAUGAAUUUGAUAGUGAGGAAGUUGUCGAGAAUAAAACUGCAGAAGGAGAUUCAGCUAUUGGAACUGCAACAAGCAGUAAAAUUGAUCAAUCGAAUGAUAGUGACGAGAAACGUGCUGAUGAUUCACUUACUGUCGACAAUCCAGUCCAAAAUCGUGAAAGUGCUUUGUUCAGCGACACAGAAUUCAGUCAUGUUGAUAUUAAUGCAUCCGCAUUCCUAAAAGAGACUGAUUCCGAUGAUUUCCCAGAAAUUAAAAACAAUCAGGAAUUGACAGAUAACGAGACAAAUAAAGCACAAAUUGACGAAUUAGAAGAAGAUAAAAGUGAAAAACAAAAGGAACUCAUCGAAAAAGAGCUGGAAAAAGUUGAUUUUAAUAAGAAAAUAGUCAAAAGAGCAGCUUCAAUUUUGCCAUCGGAAGUCCAAAAAUCCUCUGGAUCUCGCCAAACAAUGAUUCCAGAGCGAAUUGAUGAUUCAUUUGCUGCAUUCAUUGAGAAAAGGCAGACGGAAUUCAACGAAUCGGAAGGAAUUGAAACAAACAAAGUUCAGGACGAAAUUGGAACUAAAAAUGAUGACCUAGAAAUUGAAUCUUCAGUUAAUGAAGAAGAAAUGAAUGAAAUUGAAAAGGAACUAGCUCGAAUGAAUGCUGAACCUAUAGUUAAUGUUGAGAAAAAGAGAGCAACAAGCAUGAUGCCACAAUUUGAGGAUGGUGAAAGUAGCAAUAAAGUCACAUCCAGAAUGACAAUUAUACCAUCUGAAGACAAUCGAAGGACAUCAUUUUUAGAAAGCUUAGAGGAAGAAAAAGCUGAAAAAAUUAAGCAAGAGGAAUCUUUUGAAAUUGUUGAAGAAAAACCGAAACUAAUCGUUGAGGACGAUGAAGAUACACAAAAAAUCGAAGAGUUGAGCUCAGAUAAUCAAGAACAGAAAGAUAAGGAACCAGUUGUGGAAGAACUAUGCAUUAAAAAACAAGCUUAUGUGACAACUGAAAGUGAAAAAGAAGUAACAGCUCCAGAAACACCGUCGAAACGACGAGUUGCACGAGUCAAUUACUCUGAAUUGGCCACUGGAUCUCCAGCAAGAUCAAGAAGAGCUCGUUCGGCAUCAACUGAAUCAAAUGGCGAUAUGCAAAAGGAACCAAAAUCAGCAGUAAAGCAUAAGGAAAAAUGUGUCAAAAUGGAACCAAUUGUUGAGGACGAUAUGUCAGUACAAAUCACAGUAACAGCUACAGAAAAUAUUGAGCAAGUGACUGAAUCAAGCGAAGAAGUUACAGUUCCUAUUAUUGAAGAAAUAUCGACUGAAUUAGAUUCAAAAUUGUCUGAAAAGGAACCUGAAAGUGUAGCUACAGACGAGAUUAUUGAGGAACACAUUUCUGAGCCAGUUUCUGACGAGGAAAUGAUUCAACAAGACGAUAUAAUCAACGAAGACAAUGAACUUGUUCCUGAAAUUAUGACUGAUGAUACUGAAAACGAACCAAAUGAAUCUAAAACUUCUCAUGAACAUCCAGAAAAUUUACAGCUAAUGGAAGUUCCAAAACCCGAAAACUUACAAUUAAUGGAAGUUCCAGCGCCUGAAAAAUUACAAAUUAUGGAAGUGACAAAGCCAGAUCGUUUACAAGUUGUAGAAGUAACGAAACCAAGUCAAGAACAUCCAAUUGAAAGUAAUCUUGAGGAUAUUUCUAAUAAUUUCGACGCUACACAAAAAAAUAUUGAAAUUUCUGAACCAAUUGACGAGGAAGUAAUAGCUGAAACUGAAAACAUUGAUUCUGAACCUCUAAUAGAGGAACACAUCGAUGAAAUGCUAGAAUCGACGUCAGAAGGACCAGAAUCAGAACCAAUUGAGCAAAUUGACGACGAAAUUAUUGAGUCGUUAGAAGCAGAAGAUUCUCAGCCUGCUAAAGAAGGCAAUGACGAAAUUAUUGAUAUUAGAGAAUCUGUUGAAAGUAUCCAAGAAAACCCAGUCGAGGAAUUAAGUAACGAUAUCAUUGAGACUGUAGAAAAGGAAUCUGUUGAAAGUAUUCCAGACGAAACUGUACAAAACUUGGCAACUGAGCCUGAAAUAACUCCUGAAAGCGAAGAAAAUGUUCAAAUUCCUGUAAAGGAAGUGCCAUCAAAAAUUGCUAAAGUAGAAGAAAUUGUUACUGAGCCACAAACACCAUCCAGGAAACGUGCGAAAAAACUCAAUUAUCUUGAAUUAGCUUCAGGAUCACCAGUAAGGACACCACGACGAGGCAGAGCUGCAUCUACGGAAGAGAAACAAGAAAAAUCCACAAAACCAGACUUGCCACCAACAAUUCAUGAAGAAAUUAGUGAAAACACUAAGAAUGAAGAAAUUAUUAAAUCCACAAAUGAUGAAUUGGUCACCAAGGACGUAGAACAGGCACAGGAAGUCAAGAAAAAACCUGGUCGAGGACGAAAAAUUGAGCAAUUAAAACCUGAAACUGAAGACGUUCCAACGCCAUCGAAACGUUUACGACGUGGAGUCACACCUGUACAAACACAAGCUCCUGUAAUUGAAUUAGAAAAGAAAUCUCGUAAGCGCCAACAAAAAGUUGUCGAAUCAGAGCCAGAAAAUCUUCAAGAUAAGGAACUGGAACCAGAAGUUCAAGCAGAUGAAGUUGUUCAGGUAUCGUCCACAGAAAGUAUUCAAGAAGCACCAAAACCUGUAGCUAAAAAAGGACGUGGUAGACAGCCAAAAGUUGUUGAAGAAAUUUCAAAGGAAGAAAUAAAAGUCGAUGAGCCACAACAAGUCAAAAAAGGUCGUGGCCGAAAGGCUAAAGUUGACGAGACACCCACAAUGGAUGAAAAAUUACCAGAAAAAAUUGAAACAAGUCCAAAACGUGGUCGUGGACGUAAAAUUGUCGAGGAAAGUCAUGAAGAAAAGACAGAAAUUAUGGAAACGCCUGUCACUAAGAAUUCACGUAAACGCCAGCAUGACAAACCAGCAGAAACAGAAAAAUCCAAAGAUACAGAAGAUAUUAAUACUGCCGAAAAUGCAGAAGAGCCUGUCAAAUCUCCACAGCAAGUUAAAAAGCAAAAUCGAGCUCAAAAAGCUACUGAAGAAGUUGUAGAGAAUGAACAGCCUGAAAAGGCAACAAUCGCUCCAAAACGAGGAAGGAAAGCAAAACUUGAGGCUGUGCCUGAAAUCCAAGAGACACAAAAAGAAGAAAUGGUACCGAAACGAGCUGGUCGUAAACCUAAAACUGAGGAUAUUGUUGAAACUAACGAGCAACCUGCUGUCCAAGAAGCACAAAAAAGAGGUCGUGGACGUAAAAAAGUCGAUGAAACUCCAAAAGAAUCAGAAAAUGAGCCCGAAAAGGUUGAGGAAUCUGCUCAAAAACGAACUGGGAGAAAAGGCAAGAAUGAAGUUGCUGAACAUUCAGUUCCUCAAACGCCAACAACAGAAGAAUCUGUUCCAAAACGAGCUGUACGAAAAGGUAAACUUGAAACAAUCCAAGCUGAAAUUAAAGACAAUGCAGUACAAGAGACGCCAAAACGAGGAAGAAAGGCUAAAGUUGAUGCAACACCAGUGAUUCAAGAACAGCAACAACAAACAGAAGAAAUUGCCCCGAAAAAAGGAGGCAGAAAAGGCAAAACUGAAACUGUUGCUGAAAGUCAUGAAGAGCCAGUAACAUCAGAAGCACCGAAAAAGGGUCGUGGACGUAAAAAGGCUGAAGAAGCACCAAAAAUCGAGGAACCACAAAGUUGUAAUGUACAAGAAGAACCAGUUCCAGUUAAGAAGGCUCGUGGACGACAAGCUAAAGUUGCUGAAAAAGUGAUUGAAACAAAGACUGAUGAAUCAGAGGAAGUAGAAACAGAAGCACCAAAACGUGGUCGCGCAUUGAAACAUAAAGUAGUUGAACCUGAAAUAAUUGAGCAGCCAGUCAUUAAAAAGCCUCGUGGACGACAAGCAAAACAGGAAGUCGUUCCAAAGGAACCAGAAAGUAGUCAGUCAAUUGAGUCACCAAAACCUGUAAAAACACCAGUUAAGAGAAAAGUUGCUGCCGCUAAGCACGUCACAAUUGUCACACCAUCGACAAUGCAAGCUCAUCAUUCCAAAGAGUCGACGAAAAGUGAAGAACCAGUGGUAGCUAAGCGAGCUACUAAACGACAAGCAAAUCCAAUAAUUGAAGAGGAACCAAUUGCUGCAAAACGCUCAACGCGUGUUAGAAAAUAAGAAUGAAAGAUAUUUUUUGAAUUUAAUUAAAUUUUCAUUUCCUUUGUUAUUUUUUACAAAACGAAUAUAUAUUUUUUGAUUAGAAACUGAAUGAAAAAUCGUUAAGUUAUGAGACAUGCUAAACUUUUUUGUUUAAAAAUUUUCUUCUAUUCUUUCUUUUUGAGUUUUCAUUUUUUUUUUUAUUUUUUACUAGAUUUUAAGGAUAUACUUAAUUUCUCAUUACAAUUUUUAAAUAAUAAAGAAAAUACACAUUGAUAUCCGAUGAUGAUUAUUGACAUGAAUUUAAUUUGUUCGUGUAGAAAUUAUUAAAGUUGAUGCGAUGAAUAAGAGAGACAUACUUUUCAGAAUGAUUUUUUUCGGCUAGUUCAUGGAUCUUCAUUAGUAAAGCAACGGUUUGUUGGACGAAUAAGGAAUCGUAUUUGGUAACUUUCUCGGAGAAUGUUUCUGUUGAUGCGGUUUGUGCCUCCUUCUGUGAAUUUAUGAAUGAAAAUUUUAUUUUUAAAUUUAGCAAGCUUAAUUAGGGUCGUUCACAAAUGAUGUCUAGGGUCUCUAAAACGGUUCACAGAAAUCAGUUCAAUUCUAUGAAGAUUAUGUGACAGAGCAGGGCAUAAGACAUAAAGUAUAAGCUUUAUUUGUGAACGAACCCUUAAAAUGAAUGACUAUGUUUGAAAACCCUACAAAUGUUUUAAAUAUAUGAAUUUGUACAGCUCUGGUACAUUAAAUUAACUUAGAACCUGACAAAUGUUUCAAAAUGUACAAAACCAUACAAAUUCUUAAUAAUUUGUAAGGUUUUUAAACAAAAUUCAAAUAUCAGUAAACUGUUACAAAUGUAUGAGAACUGUGUAAGCGCGUGUGCAUGUAAAAUAAUAAAAAUCAAUUAAUGAACUAAAAGUGCAGUUUUUAAUAAAAAGUAUGUUAAUAAUGUAACUUUCUCAGCGUGUUAAAAGCACUUUAGCUAACCUGAUUACUCUGUUCAUUAUAUGGCAACGAACUAUCAUCGUUGUUUGGAUAACUAUUUGAUAACAUUGAUGAUAGUUCGGCCUCAAUGAAAUGACGUUGCGCUUCCUAGAAUAAAAUUCGUGUCCAAAAUGGAUAGCAGAUACAACAAAAGAUGUGUGAGAGAAAUUUUAUACAAUUAAUACACCACAAUAUAAUAAGGAUAUAAAAAGUCCAAAAAUAGCAAAAAAAAUAAACAGCAUAACUGGAUUUAACAUACCUCAAUGAAUUCACAGAAUCCAAU